GCUGUUUGCAUCCGCCGCCGGCAAUUUCGUAUUUUCCGGAUAAAAUUAAGAAAUGGGUUUAAUUUUGGAAUAGUUUUGUGCACGCGAUCGUUGUGUUUCCAUCGCGAGAUGUACCUUUAAAGUGUCCGCCCUCUCAUGAGGAAUCAUUGGUCUGCGUUUCCCUUUAGGUGCUUUUGUUUACUUAUCACUCAACCAGCAGGAGUGAGAUCACCCGCGAAAGAAUUGAUCUUGCGAUCUUAUGCGAAUUUAUUAAGUGUAUCCGAUUCUUAUCAACCGGCUGUGCCACGUUAUUCAUCCAACAUGAGGCUCAAAGCGCUUUGGUUCCGAAAAAUCCUUUACUGGUGCUUAUGUUUGAGCAUCCUUGUGGAGCCCUGCUGCGCCUUUUUUGAUCUAGAAGAGUUAAAGAACAACAUCCAAUCAGGCGUUAAGGUUGCAUUUGAAGCAACAAGAGAUCAUACUCUCUGCCAGUACUACGAAUGUUGUACCCCGCAUUAUAUUCCUGCCGACAUUAACGCACUAAGAAAUUCGCUUGAAGCGAACCUGUUUGGUCAACACAUUGCCAAGAAGCUCGUUGUGGACGCUAUCGGGGGUCACUUUCAACAAAUACACAAAUCUGAGAAACCACUAGUGAUAAGUUUUCACGGUGCUCCUGGUACGGGGAAAAACUAUAUAGCAGAGCACAUUGCCAAUGCUCUGUUCAAGAAGGGUUCCCAUAGUGACUUUGUGCACAAAUACCUUGGAAGGAUAGACUUUCCACUCGAGAGCAAAAUUAACGAGUACAAGUUUCGACUCGUUGAAGACAUCAAACGAGCGACCGCGAAAUGCUCUACGUCGCUAUUUAUCUUCGAUGAAGUGGAGAAGAUGCCACCUGGACUGUUCGACACGAUCGUAUCCCUGCUGGACAAUCAUGCGUACACGAGGGAGCACAACUUCCGACAGUCCAUCUUCAUCUUUCUAUCAAACGUUGCGGGACCAGAAAUAGCGAACCAGUUGAAACUCAUCCUAGAUAAAGGAACGUGGCGCGAGAGCACAGAAUUACAUGACUUUGAACGGACGCUAGAAAUCAGUGCGUACAACCUCGAAGGCGGUUUGUACCGCAGUGAGAUGAUUGAAUCGCACGUGGUGGACCAUUUUGUGCCGUUCCUGCCGCUCGAGAAACGACACGUGGAAAAUUGCAUUAUCCGGGAGUAUCAUAAAUUGACUGGCAGUACCAAUAUUGAUGAGGCAUUACUCAAAGAUAUCCUAAGAGAAGCAGUUACGUUUGAUGAGACCGGCAUUUUCUCCAACAACGGCUGCAAGCGCGUAAGCAAGAAGUUAGAGUCGUUCUACUACAACCGACUGCGUAAGGCAUACCGAAACGAGGAACUGUGAUCAUGCCGCUGAUGGUGUUUCUAGAUGUUUCUUCGGUCGCUAAGUUUUCAGUAAAUUGUCAGUUGGCCUGGCCAUGUAAUUCUAAUUGAUUGAGGCUGCAAAGUGUGCCUCGGUGAAGUGAAAAGAGAAUAAUAAAAAAGAAAUCCUGGGAUGAGA